CCUCUUCCCAAAGACCAAACCCAGCACACGUCAAAGCAAACAACACCAGAAAAUCUCCAGGCAAAUCAGGUCGUAGUAUAUUCCCCCAAACCAAAACCCCACACCGCUCUGCUCUUGCGUUCUCCUCCCACUCCACUAGUGGACUCCUCUCGGAUCGUGAUGGACACCCGCAUCGGGUCCGUGGACGGGCCGUCGCCGGCGGCGGUGAACGGCGCGGUGGGCUGCCCGGCGUCGGCGCCGGGUUGCCCGAUCAUGUCCUCCCAGCCCGCGCCGGCGGCGGGGUCCGCCAAGGAUGCGUCGCUGGGGCGGCACCUGGCGCGGCGGCUGGUGCAGGUCGGCGUCAGCGACGUCUUCGCCGUCCCCGGGGACUUCAACCUGACGCUGCUCGACGACCUGGUGGCCGAGCCCGGGCUGAACCUCGUCGGCUGCUGCAACGAGCUCAACGCGGGGUACGCGGCCGACGGGUACGCGCGGGCGCGCGGCGUCGGCGCCUGCGCCGUCACCUUCACCGUCGGCGGCCUCAGCGUGCUCAACGCCAUCGCCGGCGCCUACAGCGAGAACCUGCCCGUCAUCUGCAUCGCCGGCGGGCCCAACUCCAACGACUACGGCACCAACCGCAUCCUCCACCACACCAUCGGCAUCCCGGACUUCUCCCAGGAGCUCCGCUGCUUCCAGACCGUCACAUGCCACCAGGCGGUGGUGAACAAUCUGGAUGACGCGCACGAGCAGAUCGACACGGCGAUCGCGACGGCGCUGAGGGAGAGCAAGCCGGUAUACCUCAGCAUCAGCUGCAACCUUCCCGGCAUACCUCACCCCACCUUUAGCCGUGACCCUGUCCCCUUCUUCCUUGCGCCCAGGAUGAGCAACAAGAUGGGACUCGAGGCUGCAGUGGAGGCAACCGUAGCGUUCCUGAACAAGGCGGUGAAGCCGGUGCUUGUCGGCGGCCCUAAAUUGCGCGUGGCCAAGGCCGCGAAGGCCUUUGUGGACCUUGCAGAUGCCAGCGGCUAUGCCUAUGCGAUAAUGCCAUCGGCCAAGGGCCUUGUGCCAGAGACGCACCCCCACUUCAUUGGCACCUACUGGGGCGCCGUCAGCACGGCCUUCUGUGCUGAGAUCGUCGAAUCGGCUGACGCCUACCUCUUCGCUGGCCCCAUCUUCAAUGACUACAGCUCUGUUGGCUACUCUUUCCUCCUCAAGAAGGACAAGGCUAUCAUCGUGCAGCCUGAGCGUGUCAUUGUUGGGAACGGCCCGGCAUUUGGCUGCGUCAUGAUGAAAGAGUACCUGUCUGAAUUGGCUAAGCGGGUUAAGAAGAACACAACUGCCUAUGAGAACUACAAGAGGAUCUUUGUGCCUGAGGGUCAGCCACUGCAAGGCGAGGCGAAUGAGGCGCUGCGUGUCAAUGUGCUCUUCAAGCACAUCCAGAAGAUGCUUACGGGUGACAGUGCAGUGAUCGCUGAGACUGGAGACUCCUGGUUCAACUGCCAGAAGCUGAAGCUGCCCGAGGGCUGCGGGUAUGAAUUCCAAAUGCAGUAUGGUUCAAUUGGAUGGUCAGUGGGUGCAUUGCUCGGAUACGCACAAGGGGCGAACGACAAACGUGUGAUUGCCUGCAUUGGCGAUGGGAGCUUCCAGGUGACUGCGCAGGACAUUUCCACAAUGCUGAGGUGUGCACAGAACAGCAUAAUCUUCCUGAUCAACAAUGGCGGGUACACCAUCGAGGUGGAGAUCCACGAUGGACCUUACAACGUCAUCAAGAACUGGAACUACACCGGCCUUGUGGACGCCAUCCACAACGGGGAGGGCAAAUGCUGGACCGCGAAAGUGAAGUGCGAGGAGGAGCUGACGGCAGCAAUAGCGACAGCGCUGGGCGAGAAGAAGGACUCCCUGUGCUUCAUUGAGGUGAUCGCGCACAAGGAUGACACGAGCAAAGAGCUUCUGGAAUGGGGCUCCAGGGUCUCUGCGGCCAACUCCAGGCCACCGAAUCCUCAGUAGACCCAUCUUUCCUGCUUCAGUAGUAGUAGCACGUUGGGCGUCAUCAAAUAAUGUGAACAAUUUGCCUUUGCCCUUCUGUUAUGUUCUUCCUCUGUUCUGUAGUUUUGUAUCUAGUUGUGACCAUCCCCUGUUUCGUUCGUGCGACUGCUAUGAAGAUUAUGAGAAAAUUUCAGCCUGCUUUCCUUA